UCCUUCGCCAUCAUGAAUGACACAGUCACUAUCCACACCAGGAAGUUCAUGACCAACCGACUACUUCAGCAGAAGCAAAUGGUCAUCGAUGUUCUUCACCCCGGAAAGGCAACUGUACCUAAAACAGAAAUCCGGGAAAGACUAGCUAAAAUGUACAAGACUAUCCCAGAUGUUAUCUUCGUGUUUGGAUUCAGGACUCAUUUUGGGGGUGGCAAGACAACUGGCUUUGGAAUGAUUUGUGAUUCCUUGGAUUAUGCAAAGAAAAAUGAACCCAAACAUAGACUUGCAAGGCAUGGCCUGUAUGAGAAGAGAAAGACCUCAAGAAAACAGAAGAAGGAAUGCAAGAACAGAAUGAAGAAAGUCAGGGGGACUGCAAAGGCCAAUGUUGGUGCAGGUAAAAAUAAGGAGUAGAGACUGCAGUGACUUUCUGGGGUUCUUGUCCAGA